AUGAUCGACCGCCUUCGUAGCAAGAAGAGCGUCAGGAGUUUAAACGACAGGGACAAGGUCUUGCGGAAGCUCAGCCCUGUUGAACACCUCCAAGCCGCUCAUUAUUCGUUAGGUGCAAUCAUUGGCUGUGCAAUAUCAUGUCGUUAUCGCAUUCCCGAAGCACUCCUUACCUCGGAUGCUGCAGCAUUCCAAGUCAUUGUUGAGAAUGCCUUCGCCCGUGCUAUUCUCAGGCAUCCGCUGUUCACGGUUGGGCGAAUCAAUGCGGAUUCUAAGAAGCAGUACUGGGUACGACUUGAUCAGAUCGACUUGAAUAAUCACAUAGAAUGGCGGACGGUCUCUGAUCAAGAUGAGUACGAAUCAGUUCUUCAUGCUAUCUUGGAAUGGCAAGUCAAUGAGCCCUAUACCAAUCUCGAGACCCAACCCGGGUGGAGAGCGACUGUACUCAGGCCAGCCGAGUCCAACUUUAUUGAUAUUGUCUUUGCUUGGGAGCAUACCGCGGCAGAUGGGAAGAGCGGAAAGGUCUUCCAAGACAGCCUCUUUGCUUGUCUCAACACACCAGACGACGACGCCGUGAUUCUCAGAGACCGCAUCUUCGAGGUCCCGAACACGGAACUCACGCCUCCAUUACACCACUUGAUCAAACUACCUGUCUCCCUGCAUUUCAUCGUUGGUGAGUUCGGGAGGGAUAUUAUCGCCUCGAUGAAGGCGAAAGAACUACCUCACAUGGCGACAUGGGCACCAAUACCUACAGAACCUUCCACUACGAGCAUGGUGGCCACGAAAGUCACGAAAAAGGCACUAAAGCCUGUACUUGGCGCGUGUCGUGAACACGGCACGACUUUGACAGGACUGAUGCACUCGCUCAUUGCGGUAUCGAUGGCAACGAGGCUGGCGGAGAUCAAGGCUUCUGCGUUCCUAUGCGGUACACCUGUUUGUCUGAGACAGUUUCAGAAGCCGGGCCAUCCGAGCAUCGACAUGAACAAGACUGCCAUCAAUAGCGUGGCAUACUGGCCGUUUACGUUUGAUGAGGAACUCGUUGCCAAGGUUCGGGAACAGAUCAACGAGGCUCAAACCAAGCCAAAUAUGAGCGCAAAUCUAGAAACGACGGUCUGGUCGUGCGCGAAAGCGAUACGGGACGGUCUAUCUGCCAAGCUGGACUUGGGUACCAAGAAUGAUCAUAUUGGACUGGCCAAGUUUGUGAAGGACUGGCAGUCUUUCGUCAAGGACCAUGGCAAAACGCGGUCGUAUUCAUGGGAGAUAAGUAAUCUUGGUGUUAUACAGGGUAAAACUGAGGGUAGCUGGGCUAUUGAGAGUGCGACUUUCACUCAGACUGCGCCGACAUUUGGGUCGGCGUUGACGUUCAGUGUCAUUUCUGCUCAGGGCGGGGAUUUGGUGGUGACGAAUACGUGGCAGGUUGGGGUUGUUGAGGAGGAGUUUGCUCUUGGUGUGAGCUCUGAUGUGGAGGGUUGGUUGAAUGAGUUGGGUAGUACUGGGAGUAUCAACUUUGGAGCAGUUGGGGUGCCGAGCUGA